AUGCGGCGUCGGGAAAGAACAGAACGGCCCAUCGGCCGACACGCCCGGCGGGAGGCUCUCGCAGUGCCGGGCUCGCCGCCACGUGGCGCAGAUCGCGGCUCGGAGCGCGGCCCGGAACGCGGCCGAUCGGAGUGCGUGCCGCCGCCGCCGCCGCUGCCGCCGCCGCCGCCGCCGCGCACUCGGACGCGCGCUCGGAUCCCAAGCCCGGCCGCGGCCGCGGACUCGGACUCUGCAACGGACCACGGCUCUGACCCGGACCGCGGUGCUCUCGGCCCCAACCGGCCGCCCUGCAGAUGGGACCCCGGACUCACACUGGGACCCGGCCUCCUUCCCCGGACCCGGCUCCGCCCGGACACGGACUCGGACUCCGAGUUGGACCACGGCUCUUCCUCGGACGCGAACUCGGACUCGGACUCGCACGGGGCCUCCUACCUGGUAUCCCGGCUGCGCACAGGACACGGGCUCGGGCCCCAAGCCCGGGCUGCGGGCUCGGUCUCCGGCUCCGAAGCGGACCACGGGUCGGACCCCGGUUCCACCCUCGACUCGGACUUGGACUUGGACGCGGACCCGGACCCUGACUCGAUCGCAGACUCAUCCCGUCGCGGCAUCCCAGCUCAGCUCGGGAUUCGGACUCGGACGCAGGCCCCCGGCUCGCAUCGCGUUCUCUGCCCCCCAACUGGCCACCCUGCCGAUGGAACCCCGGACAUAGCCUGGGACGCGGCCUCCCGCCCCGGACCCAGCUGCCGCCUGGACACGGACUCGGACUCCGAGCCCGAAACGGACCCCAGCUCGGACCCCAGCUCUUGCUCGGACGCGGACUCGGAGGCGGAGGCGGACUCGGACGCGGACUCACGCCGGGCCUCCUGCCCCAGACCCCGGCUGCGCCCGGGACACAGACUCGGGCACGGACCUGGACGCCGACCUCAGACCGCAGCUCGGACCCCGACCCCGGUGCAGACUCGGAUGCCUACCCUGGACGCGGGCUCGGCUCAGGAUGGAGUCGGUCCCGAGCCCCUGCCUGGCUCGGCUGCGGACCCGGCCCAGGCCCACGUGGGCCCGGCCGUACACUCGGACUUGAAACCCCGCCGCGUGCCCACCCCGGACCCCGUGCCUGCCGGACUGCUGCACUCCCCGCCUUGGCCUCCCCUCGGCGGACCCGCGGACCUGCGCGCAGCUCUGCGCGGCGAGCCCGGGCGGCCUGGAGCAGACGCGCGCCGGCCUCCGCCUCCGGGGCUGGGCGGCCGCGCCGCGCCGCGCCUGGGCCGCGGGCGGAGGCGCCGACAGGAGAAGCUUGCUGCGCCCUGA